GAACCCGUGAAUUUUCGUGUGAAAAUGGAAAAUAAUGUAGGCACAGCCAUAGAAAAAAUUAAGUUACAGGAGCAAGAUAAAGAAGCCAAACUGCGGGAAAAACGAGAAUAUGAAGCAGCCGUGAACUCGUUGAAUCGUUCUAUUCGUGAAGCAUUAUUCCAAAUUGAAAAACAUCAAGAAGAAAUCAAAGAGUUGACUAAAGGAAACGAUCUACUAAAAGCUCAGCUGGAGGUGGAGCGCAUUAAAUGUAGUGCAGUUGUGGCGCAAAUAGAGACUUGUAAUAAAGAAAUAGAAGUUUUGAGGGCCCAGUCCGAUAAAGGUAUAUCAGAUGUGUGGUCUCUCCGGUCCUCCUUAUGCAAAGCAGUUCAGAAUGUCUCCGACGAGUGCGACGUGUGGGGUCUUUUGGUGAAGCCCAUAAACACUGAUCCAAUACACAGGAUAGUGAAGAAACCUACCGAGAAUAAUGAAGAGGUAGAAUUUGAGGAACGUCUCAAACUGGCUAAAGAACGACAUGAAAGGUCUGUAGCGGAGCGUGAGCGUUUGUUGGCUGAACCGGAGAAGGGUGAAGAAUUUAUAAGAGGCUGCAUCCAGCAGCAGCGUUCAAGUAGGAGCUUUAGUUCUAAAAUAGAAGCUAGCGAAAAUGAACCCAUCAAAUUCACCACAAGUGCUGCCGCUCGUAAGAAGACCAUUAGACCAGUUGCAGUAAAAUAUAAACCAUCAGACAUGCCAUGGUACCAACCCUAUUCCGUACUGGCCAGCGUAACUGUGUUCCUUAUUUACUUCUGCGUGCUGAGAGAAGAGAGUGAUGUAGAUUUAGAAUUUAAUAAAACCCUUUAUGACAGGAUUAAGGGCUUGGAAAAGGAACAGUUGCUGCAGUCAUAUAGAUAUAAUAAAGAAAAUGGCCUUAGUGUUGAGGCGAUAGAGGAGAGGCUGAAACAGCUUGAACUUGAGGAGGCCAAGGCAGUAGCAUAA